AUGGGUCGCGUGUACAGUUCGUUUCUUGGCGACAGAAAUGCGGCAUCAGCCGACAGGACUCAACACCACAACAACCAAGAAGUGAUGAGUGAUCCUUGGUCUGAGUGGCAGAACGACGACUGGUCUGCUUCUGCUGCUUCAAGCAAAAAGGCUGCUACAGAUGCUGAACUCUGGCAAAAAGCCAACCACGUCUCUGCUCAAGCUUCUGUACCUUUCCAUACUGUAGAGGCAUCCGUAGCCUACAAGCCUCAACUCAAGAUCCUGAAGCGCCAAGGACCUUCUUCUGAUGAGCAAGAUAUUGCUCGUCGUGCUCAAGCGGCUGCCCAAAAUGCUUCACUCAUGGCAGAUCAAGGAACGUCAAGGGAGCAGCGUUAUAAAGAAGCACGAGAACGUCUAUUUGGCAGCUCUGCCGAUCACAAGACCGGCAAGGUAGAAUCAAAGAGACGGACACAAUCGCCAAGACCACAAGCUGGCGUGACACAUCCACAACGUCAAGCACAUGGACCGCAAGGUCAAGGAUUUCAAGGACGAAUCAAGCCUGGAAGCCGCAAUGAGAGCUGA